UUUCAUAGGCUUAACUAUGUUUCUACAUCUUCUCCCAUACAGAUUUUCUUUUAUGAGGGCAAAAACUUUCAGGGAUGUUGUUUUGAGUGCAGCAUGGACUGCCCAGAGCUGUCGUCCCACUUCAGCCGCUGUAACUCCAUCCGAGUUGAAAGUGGGGCCUGGGUUUUGUAUGAACGUCCAAACUUCAUGGGCUGCCAGUACAUCCUAAGCAGGGGAGAGUAUCCUGAUUACCAGCAGUGGAUGGGCUUCAGUGACUCUAUAAGGUCUUGCCGCAUGGUGCAAAAUCAUACUGGCACUUUCCGUCUGUAUGAGCGGCCUGACUUCCAGGGUCAGAUUAUGGAGUGCAGUGAGGACUGGCCCUCUCUUUAUGACCGCUUCCUUCAUCAUCAGCAAUGGUUCUGUUACGUUCCGAAUGGGACCUGAGUUAGAGGU